CAAAUUGCUGAUUUCCCUCUCUCAGCGCAUUCAGAGCUAGACAAUGGUGUUUGCUCGUGCCACAAUCAGUCUUCGGCGGGCGCAUUUCCCGCUUUCUCCUGCCACUCGGCUUGACGACACCCUGCUCUCCUUCGCGCAAAUCUCCGCAGUACCACGCCGUAGCUCGCAUAUGCGUUCAAUUCAGACACUACUGAACCAAUCACUACGCUUCGAUGCUGAGACUAUCCCCCACAAACAAUCUCCCUUCGUUUUAGCUGCUCCUCCCGCAAGCAGCAACAGGCUGUCGCCUUCGCCGUCUACUUUGACCUCGCAUUCACCGCCGAUUCUUCGACAUGAAGGGUCUCAGCGAUCCUCACACAAGCUGUUCGCCUCUAAGCGCGAAAGCCUGUGGCGGAGCCGUAACAUGGCGGGAGAGGCGGUGGAUGCCGUUCAGGAGCUGAAGCUGGCCGCGAUGCUGGAUGCUAGAGACGAGCAGCUACGGUGGGAGGAGGAGGACGACGAGGACGCGGAGGAAGCGGAGGACGAGGAAGAGGGCGAGGAGGAAGCGAUGCUUCACCGAGUUGAUGACGGAGCCGUGGCGUCUAUGAAUGAUCAUUCUCGGGACUUGAGUCUCGAUGCCGGCAAAGCGAACCCGAUACAAGCAGCUGCGCAUGGGGGGAUACCAUCGAUUUCCGAUUUGGCUCAGAUCGUCGGUUUGUCCAGCACUAGUACCUCGAGCGGUUUGAGCGCGGGCGUGGGGAGCCGGUGGGUGUGCGGCCCCCGCGUGGAGGCGGUGAUGCGGAGCAAGGUGGCGCGGCUGGUGAAGCCGGACAUGCUGCUGGCGCUGCAGGAGCUGCAGCGACAGCAGCAGUGGCGCCUGGCCGCGCGGGUAUUUGAGCAUGUGCGCACGGAGCACUGGUACAAGCCUGACCCGGACCUCUGUGCGCGCAUGAUCAACUGCCUGGGCCUGGCGGGCCGCAUCACCGACGCCCAGGCGCUCUUCCAGUCAACCCUGGAGAAGGAUGGGGUGCCUCCCUGCUCCCCCACCUUCACGGCUCUCCUUGCUGCCCACUGCCGGUCAGGGGACUACAGGAGUGGCCGAGAGGUGCUGGGGAGGAUGAGGGAGGCGGGGGCAGGGCCAUAUGAUCUGGCAUACAUGAUUCUGAUCAAGACGUGUGAGGCUCAGGGGGAUGAGGUGGCGGCAAGGGAGUUGAAGAGGGAGAGGGAUGUGGUGCUCGCGAAAUGGGGGGAGUUGGGCCUGCCUAAACCGCCUCGUCGGUCAAAGAAAAAGUAGGUCGAGCUGCUUGUAUUCCUGAUGAGGGCAGAUUCCUAGACCUCGCAUCAGGCCCGACCUUUUGUCAGACCCGUGACGAACCGAAUUCCGAUUGAAGAUUUGCUCCGUGUAGAACCACAGCUACCUACGAGAAAUUCACAAAACCAUCCAGCAUUUUCACACUUG